UUAACUAAUUCUUAAGGGACUUAAGUGAUUUGUUAAUUAUGUCACUUGACGUCAAGCCUUGAAAAUGAGCGCACUACUUCUGGCGCUGUUACUUUUCCACAAAAUCAUACUGAGUGAUCUACAACUGACAUGUCCGCCUAGUGGUGUUAUAUGUGUUUCAAGCACUCAAUACCAGUUGUGCGCAAUCAUAAAUGGCGAAGUUGUUCUAACAACUGGGGUUUCAAACUGUCCAGCUGGAUACGUUUGUGACAGUACUGCACAGUUUACUUGUCAACCCGGUUCUAAUCCUCCACCUACAACUACAACUACAACGACUACUACUACAACUACGACAACGACGACUACAACAGCAGCUCCUACAACGACAACGACGACUACAACAGCAGCUCCUACAACAACACCUCCUGUUGUGUCAACUCCUCCAACGUGUAACCAAACCGCUGUUUAUCCAGGACCACAAUGCAACCAAUACUAUAGUUGCGUGGAAGUUAUGUGGUGGUGGGACUACGUCCUGGAGACUUGUGCCAGUGGCCAAGCCUUCAACCAAGUGAGUGGACAAUGUGAAACUUCAGCCACUUGUGCGUCUACUUAGAAAAUAGAUAACAGUUUUUCUGUAAUAAAUUAUAAAUACCUAAGUAGUGUAAUGUCAGUAAAUUUAUUUGCUUUGUAAUUAUAAAUAUUAAGUCAGUUUUAUAGCACUUAAGAAUAAAUAAAUAAAAAAAUUUAUUAAAGUAUCAA